UAGUUCCAUUAGUCACCCAAGAGUAGCUAAAAUAAUUUUAGCUAGCUAAAAUUUAGUUGGUGGAACCAAAUAGGGCCAGAGAUUGGAGGAGACUAUAGGGCUAGAGAGCUAGAGGGCCGGACAGUGACCCACACCCACCGGUGUCCAGCAAGAAUAUUUGAAGGUGGUGCCCUGUGCUGUGGGCGUUCAUGUGUGCGCUCCAGUCUGAGACAGUGCGUGAGAGGUCGUAGAGUGCCUUUCAUAGCUUUCUCCUGUCGUCCCCUCACUCUCGCACUAGCAAUCUAGCAUAGAGCGGCAGUGUUGCCUUGCUCCUUUUGUUGCCUCCCUCUUGCAUCCAUAUCAUCCCAUGGCGGCAUUCCUCGUGGAGAGGCCGUGCAGUGGCGGUGGCGGUGAGAAGAAGACGAAGACGACGACGACGACGGUGGUGUUGUCCAUGGACGACAUGGAUAUGAGCUCGCACGCUGCUAAGCCGGCCGGGCCGGCCCCCUUCCUUACCAAGACCUUCCAGCUCGUGGACGAUCACCGCACCGACCACGUCGUGUCGUGGGGGGAGGACGGCGCCACCUUCGUGGUGUGGCGGCCGCCGGAGUUCGCCAGGGACCUCCUCCCCAACUACUUCAAGCACAACAACUUCUCCAGCUUCGUCAGGCAGCUCAACACUUAUGGUUUCAGGAAGAUCGUGGCAGACAGGUGGGAGUUCGCCAACGAGUUCUUCAGGAAGGGCGCUAAGCACCUCCUCUCGGAGAUCCACCGGAGGAAGUCUUCGUCGUCGUGCUUGCAACCGCCGCAGAAGCUGCAGCCGCCGCUCCCUCAGCACCAGCCUUACCUCAGCCUCUUCAUGCCGCCGCAGCCGCCUCGGCAUCCAUCGUGCUACAACGUCCAGGAGGAGGACCACGGCGGCAAGGACUUCCUGGCGACCCUGUCGGAGGACAACCGGGAGCUCCGGCGGCGCAACUCGCUGCUGUUGUCGGAGCUGGCGCACAUGAGGAGACUCUACAACGACAUCAUAUACUUCCUGCAGAACCACGUGGAGCCGGUGGUGCCGACGCCGGUGGCGACGACGACGACCGCCAGCUGCAGGCUGGUGGAGCUCGGUUCUACCGACAGCGACACCUCGGCACCGACGUGGAGGCCACGCGGCGACGAUGAGGCGCCGGUGAAGCUGUUUGGCGUGCGCCUGAACGACGGCAAGAAGAGGAGGGCACAGCAGGUCGUCCCGCUUGAAGGAAAAGGCGAUGGUGACCAAGGUGAAAGCAUUGGCGAUGGUGACCACAAUGGCCACGGGUGACGAUGAUCGGCGAAGUGAGACGUAGGUGACUGUGUGUUGUGUGUCGCGCGUAGACUAAUUUGGUAGAUAGAGGAGAGGUACGUAUGUCGCUAGCUCGGUAGGCUACGAUUUUAUGUAAGUUGAUUAGAACCCCUACUUUUGAUUUUUCUUUGCCCUUUUUUACCUGUUAUUAUGGUCUCGAUCUGCCUGCUCUCAUCACUAAUCAUAUUCUACUUGAUGUCUUGGGCUUGUUGGACUCA